CCUUUCGCCAUUUUAGUCGCCAAUCAGUUCUUUCUUCCCCUCUCAAUAAAUAAACCUAAUCCGCAUGUUCCUUCCCUUCCCCGUCCUCCUGGGCUCCUGGUUGGUUCUUCUCCCCUUGGUUGCUGAUGCUGCUUUCCUCCGAGGAUAAUCCACCCCCCACGACUGGCCUGUGCAUUGCUACAUCAAUGGACAACGCUGCUAGCAUGGAAACAUACACCACGGAUGACGCUCUUUCAGCCAUGGGAUUUGGGAAAUUCCAAGCACUUGUUCUUGUUUAUGCAGGCAUGGGUUGGGUUGCAGAAGCCAUGGAGGUCAUGCUAUUGUCAUUUGUUGGACCACUGGUGCGGGAGGAAUGGAAAAUCUCUGCCCAGGAUGAGAGCCUACUAUCAAGUGUAGUGUUUUUUGGCAUGUUGAUAGGAGCAUGUGGUUGGGGUUUUGUUUCCGACAAAUAUGGGCGAAGGACUGGUUUACUGUUUUCAACUCUGUUUACUACUGGAAUGGGUUUCCUGAGUGCUUUGUCUCCUAACUAUUUAUGCUUGAUGGCUCUUCGAUUUCUCGUUGGCGUAGGAGUGGGUGGUGGGCAUGUGUUUUCAUCUUGGUUUUUGGAGUUUGUCCCUGCACAAAAUCGUGGCACUUGGAUGAUGGUUUUUUCCUUUUUUUGGACAAUUGGCACAGUAUUGGAGGCUUCACUUGCAUGGGUUGUCGUAACUGCACUGAGUUGGAGGUGGUUGCUAGCAUUGACCGCCCUUCCAUGCUUUCUCUUGCUUCCUUUCUUUGGAAUUACACCCGAGUCUCCACGCUAUCUUUGUGUACAAAAUAGAAUGUCUGAUGCAACGCUUGUACUGGAGAGAAUGGCUAAGGCAAACCAAUCAGCUCUUCCUCCUGGAAUUCUCACAUACCAGCGAGAAGAAACCAAAGUUGAUCAUCAUGCUGCUUCCUCUGAGACAGAUCAUCUUCUUCCAGUCAGAGAGAAGGAAUGCACAGAUGAUGAUGAUGCCAUGAGCUCCAAAUCUGGUAGUGUUGCUGCAUUACGCAGUCUAUUGUCACGAAAAUUGCGCAGAUCAACUCUUCUUCUUUGGUUUGUUUUCUAUGCAAAUUCCUUUGCUUAUUAUGGUCUAGUCUUGCUGACCUCACAACUGAGCGAUGCAAAUAGAAGCUGUGCAUCUGGGAUGAGACAUGUGAAGAGUGAAAAUGAUGCCAACCUUUACAAAGAUACAUUUAUUACUAGUUUUGCAGAGGUUCCUGGUCUAAUUGUGUCUGCUGUUCUUGUUGAAUGGGUUGGCCGAAAAGCGACAAUGUGGUGCUUGAUGUUCAUCUGCUGCUGUUUCCUUGGACCACUUGUGCUUCAUCAGAAUGAGCUAUUGACAACUGUCUUUUUAUUCGGUGCCCGUGCUUGUGCCAUGGGUAGCUUCACAGUUCUAUGCUUAUAUGCCCCAGAGGUAUAUCCAACUUCAGUACGCUCGACUGGUGUUGGAAUUGCUACUGCCAUUGGUAGAAUCGGCGGGAUUGUCUGCCCCCUUGUAGCCGUUGGGAUGCUGAGAAGCUGCCAUCAAGUGGAAGCCAUCAUCGUGUUUGAGGUGGUGUUAUGCCUUGCUGCAGUUGCUUGCAUGCUCUUCCCUGUAGAGACCAAGGGCCGUGAAAUGAACUAACGGCCAUGGUGCACUCGCAAAAUUUAUCAUGCGGGUACACUUGAAUGUUAUGUGCACAUCGUUAUGGAUGUACUAGCAUUUUAGUGGAUAUGAAGAUGAAGAUUCCUCGAGAUUUAUUUUGGGGUUUCGGAAGUUAUUGGACACUGUUUUUAAAUUCCUCACUCCUGGUAGACUGUAAAGUAUAUUGAUUCUUCGAAAGGGAUUAUGUAUCAAAGUAUCAACACCUUGCGGUUCACCAAUACCUUCUUCAAAGUUAAAUUGGGACUUGGAAAUGUUGCUCUCAUUAAUAAAUAUAUUCCACCUUGAGAUA